GCCUGCUGCCUAACUGUGCUAGCAGUUAGCUCGUCCAUGUAGAUAAAGUGAGUGGAAGGCAGGAGUGGACUGUCAUCGCUUUUAAGGGAGGCCGUGUCCAUUUCAGCAACCAGAAGACACGUAAAGAAGGGGAGAUUGUCGCAGAUUACCUGGAUAAGCUUGUCAUCUCUCAGAAAAAACACUAUAUUGUCGUCAAACUUGCGUUGGGGAAGCAAGAAGCAAAGUUCAAACUGAAUGGCUGAAGGCUCCUCAGAACCACCAGACCUCAAUCCGGAUGGGACGUCGCACCAGAGGCCACAUCAGCACAAAUCCAGGAGGGGACGACCCAGACCGAACAGCGACCGAAACCUGAGCAGUUAUGACCCUUCUCAACAUUAUGGAAAUUUUCAGCAGGGGUUCAAACCCCCAUUUAGCCACAAUAACUCAAAUUAUGCAGAGCAACAGCAAGCUCCCUACCACAGAGAGGAUGUGUCCCGAAGACGAGGCCGAGGUAGAGGAAGGGGGGAAGGAAAUCGAGGGAUGAAUGGGAGCUUUGGUGGUCCAGGGCCCCGGUGGCAAAGACCUAACAGUGACCUUGGCCCUUAUGGUGGAAGUGACAGAUACGGAGGUGGCUACCAGCCAGGUGCUCAUCCUAUGGAUGGACCUGAUGGACCCAGCUGGAGAAGGAAAGACGUGAACUGGAAUUCGGAACAAACCAGCGAUGACAAAGACGUCCGAGUUAAAAAACCCAGAAGGUUUGGCCAGGAGCAGAAGAGAGGAGGACAAAAUGAGAGAAGUGAUCAUUUUAAGGAGAACAAUACGACAUCAGAGGGUCUGCGGUUCAGUUCGACCAAAAGAGAAACCCAACCUCCAGAAACCAGGGAGAAGACUCAACAUGACGAUCAUCAGAGGAGACACCCCGAGGCAAAGCGACGCCAAGGACCAAUUAAACCACCAAAACAACCAUCUCAAGAGGAGGCGGGCGCAGAAAAGGGAGCCGGCGGCCAAGACGACUCCGACCACGGCAGGUCCUCCCAGGACGCUGCCGGUAAAGCUGGAAGAGGCUCGGGACGACACACGCCGCUUCAGGCCAGAGGGGGAAAAAGAACAAAUCAUCAAAACCACAAGUCUGGUCAGAGAAGCUGGGACAGGAUGCCCAAAAGCAAAGAGACACAGACAGGGUGCCUGAUUGAACAGCUGUCAGAGGAGAAGUAUGAGUGCAUGGUGUGCUGUGACGUAAUUAGGGUCAUGGCUCCGGUGUGGAGCUGCCAGAGCUGCUUCCACGUCUUCCAUCUGAACUGCAUCAAGAAGUGGGCUCGAUCCCCGGCCUCGCAGGCAGACGAUUCAGCUGACGGCUGGCGGUGUCCAGCCUGCCAGAAUGUCACAAUGAAACAACCGACCUCCUACCUCUGCUUCUGUGGUAAAGUGACGAACCCUGAGUGGCAGCGGACUGAGAUUCCCCACAGCUGUGGUGACAUGUGUGGGAAGAAGAGGAGUGGAGCCGACUGCAACCACCCCUGUAACAUCUUGUGUCACCCUGGACCUUGUCCUCAGUGUCCUGCGUUUAUAACGAAGUCCUGCAUCUGCGGGAAGACGAGUCAACCCAUGCGCUGUGGCCAGGCGACGUUGCUCCAGUGCGACAAAGUUUGCGGCGCUACACUCAACUGCGCUGAACACAACUGCAUGCAGGUGUGCCACAGCGGGUCGUGUCAGCCCUGUCAGCUGCUGGUUCAGCAGAUUUGCUACUGUGGCGUCACGACCCGUGAGGUCCUGUGCGGCACAGAUAAAGGAGGAUUUGACGGCUCAGGGCAUUUCUCCUGUCAAAAAAUAUGUGGAAAGAUGUUGAAUUGCGAAGCUCAUCGGUGCCAGCAGGUGUGCCACCGCGGGCCGUGCCAGCCGUGCCCACGCUCCCCGAGCCUGGUGAAGACGUGUCCCUGCAGCCAGACGCCACUGACCAAGCUGCUGGAGCUCGGUUACCCUGAACGAAAAAGCUGCUCCGAUCCCAUCCCCUCCUGUGGAAAGACGUGCAACAAACCUCUGGCCUGUGGCUCCAGCGACUCCAUCCAUCUGUGUGAGAAGCUUUGCCACGAGGGCGCCUGUGGGCCCUGCUCUCUGACCUCCACUAUCAGGUGCAGAUGUGGCUCCAAGACUCAGGAGGUUCCAUGUGAAAAGAUCCAAAAAGAAGAUGAGCUCGUCUUCACUUGCGAGCGGCGCUGCAACAAGAAACGUUCCUGUGGCCGACACAAGUGCGGCGAGCUCUGCUGCGUGACUGUGGAGCACAAGUGUCCCCUGAUCUGUGGCUACAAGCUCAACUGUGGCCUCCACCGCUGCCAGGAACCUUGUCACCGUGGAAACUGUGAACCCUGCUGGCAGUCCAGUUUUGAUGAGCUGACGUGUCACUGUGGGCUCACUGUGUUGUACCCACCCAUCCCCUGUGGCACGAAGCCACCAGAGUGCAAGAACCUGUGCACAAGGAGACACGAGUGCGACCACCCGGUGUUUCACAACUGCCACAGUGAGGAGAAAUGUCCACCCUGCACAUACCUCACUCAGAAAUGGUGCAUGGGAAAGCACGAGCAACGCAGCAACAUCCCGUGUCAUCUGCAAGACAUUUCUUGCGGCCUGACGUGUAAUAAAAUGCUGCCCUGCGAGAUGCACCGCUGCAGGCGGAUCUGCCACCGGGGAGAGUGCGUGGCAGAGGGCCGCUGCCAGCAGCCCUGCACGCUGCCUCGUCCGGACUGCGGCCACCCGUGCUCUGCUCCUUGCCACAAAGGCAGCAGCUGCCCACGCAACACCUGCAACGCCAAGGUAGCGCUACAAUGCGACUGUGGUCGAAGAAAGGAAACUGUGGUCUGCACAGAAGCAGCCAGUUCCUACCAGAGGUAUGCAGCCAUCGCCAUGGCCAGUAAACUCUCUGACAUGCAGCUCGGUGACUCAAUGGACAUCGGCCCGCUCCUCAGUAAAAAGGAGCUGAAACAGACCAGACUUGAAUGCGACCAAGAGUGCGCCACUUUGGAGAGGAACAGGCGUUUGGCCGAGGCCUUGCAGAUAGACUCGUCGUCCGACCCCUUCAACGUUCGCUCGCCCUCCGUAUACAGCGACGGCCUCAAAGACGACGCCAGAAAAGACCUGAAAUUCGUCACAGAGGUGGAAGAGGAGAUCAGGAAUGUCGUUGAGCUCGCUAACAAGGGAAAACAGUCGAAGAGGAGCCACUGCUUCCCGCCCAUGAACAGAGAGCACCGGAAGAUCAUCCACGACCUGGCCGAGGUCUACGGCGUGGAGAGCGUGAGCUACGACAGCGAGCCCAAACGCAACGUGGUCAUCACGGCCCACAAAGGGAAGUCGGCCUGUCCGAACUCGAGCCUGACAUCGCUGAUAGAGCGCGAGACGACGGCUAGGGCCCCUCCUCCCAUCGCUCAUAUCAAGCAGCACAGCAGCAAAACUGCCGGUGGAAGCUCUUGGUCCAAGAUGGUUAAAGAAGAACCAGUGAUAGAUUAUUUUGAUGUCCAAGACUAGAAUAUGACGCCAAAACCAGAGGAAACCGCAGGUCCACCUUCAAAACUCCAUCUGCCAAAAUGCCUGAACCUGCCUAAUUUGUGUUCAUAAAAGAUCAGUAAUAAUUCAUCUGGCUCCAUCGUCCAAUAAAGUGAUUUUUGGACAUA